AACCCGCUUGAGGGCGCUACACCUGUGUGCCGUGCUCUCGUCUUGAACAAGCCAAGCCCCUGUAUUGCCUGAGUUGAUUAUUUUCGAUUCUUUUCAAAAGACAACUUUUCCUACCACCGCGGAUGAUGAGCAACUCAUGAAAGGUGCAACAGACUUGACACUCGCCAUCCCAACAACUUCAGCAGGAAGCACGAGCUGCGAGAUGGACUAUGACAGGGACAAGACACGCCGGCGACGCACCGUUUGCUCUCGCCUGUGCGACCAGUACCGAUACGUGAAGUUUUGCCUGCGAAGCCUGACCUAUAACUACUUCACCAACAGCGGGACGGUGGUGGACACCUGUAUGGAGCCAGCCUUCUGGCUGGUCAACCACGUCACAAGAUACAUGGGACCUCUGAUGGUGAUCCUCGUCAUCAUCCUAACUUCCACCGUGGUCAGCGUGGUCUACAUCUGCAUCCUGCCACGCUGCUUGGCGCAAGAAACCUACCUCCAGCUGGCCUUUCACCUGACCUUCGGCCACUGGCUGCUCGUGAACAUCAUCUUCCAUUACUACAAAGGCGUGAGGACGCCCCCAGGCUACCCUCCUCAGAUCGUGUCGGAUACUGGCGUGGCAACGAUAUGCAAAAAGUGUAUCGCCCCCAAGCCUCCGCGAACACACCACUGCAGUAUAUGUAACAAGUGCAUCUUGAAGAUGGACCAUCACUGCCCUUGGAUAAAUAAUUGCGUGGGUCAUUACAACUACCGUUACUUCAUAAUGUUCUGUAUCUACAUGUGGGUGGGAACACUCUAUAUCUGCGUCUCGGCUUGGCCACUUUUUAGGGAGGAAUUCUUUGAUGCUCAGAAAACAUUUGAUAGCCUUCUAGCCGGGUCUCUGUUCUUUACUAUGCUGCACUCCUACAAUAUUGCCAAACAAAACAAGACAGAUGCCUUGCUGGAGCGAGUGUCCUCGUUGUCCAACUCCGAGUCUGCCUACCACAAGGCCGUAGUCUUCCAGUUCAUCGUUUGCUUCAGCGUGCUCAUAGCCCUGGGCGUGCUGACCACCUGGCACGUGCGGUUGAUCUGCCGAGGAGAGACCAGCAUCGAGAAGCACAUCAACGACUCGGAGCGGGCGCGAUUGAAAAAAGUCAACGUGAUUUAUAGGAAUCCAUACAAUUUUGGUGUAAAAGAGAAUUGGCGAAAGCUACUUGGAUUGUAUGGUGGCAGGUCUUUUUGGCGACACACCCUGCUGCCCUCCUCCCAUCCUCCCGAGCAUGAUGGGACGCGCUGGGAGUCGCAAGUGACACCUGGAUAUGUUCCCACUGAGUUGGCAUGACAGCAGCCGUGACCGACGAUGCUUGUCGUCUUUCUAGAUGACAUAAAAGUGUUUUGUUUCUGCUUUUUAAAGUAGGUAUCCUUUCUGUCCGGAUUUUUAUUACUCGGACAAGGAACGCUGCCAACAUGUAUCCCUCAUUCCUUGCGGUCAUGGGUAGCGUAUAACGAGCUGUCAUUCGUAGUUUUCACCACACUUGUAAGAGAGUUGUAAGAGAGUAUUUUUAUCGCUCCUAUCUUUGCUUUUAACGUGUGCUCCUUGCAGCUGAAAAAAAUGUCAAGGUUGAGUUUUACGAUUUCUACCAUUGCUAAAAAUUUUAUGAGUAUUAGUAAAGGGGGAAACGUGUUCAACAGGCGUCCAAAUUUAAGCCUUCAAUUUCAGUGUAUAUAUAUUUUUUCUCUCUGAUUAGCUGACAGUACUACAGCGGAACGUGAAUGAAAUGAAUAGGCAAGUGCUGAUAUUCGUUGGACAUUUUGUAUUUCUUGUGCAUUUUAUGCAAACGCUGAAUUCUCUCGGGAGAAUUAUCAAGUGCAAAGCAGGCAGCGGGCAGAGUGAAAUACGAGGCAACAUGUACAUUUAUUUGUAAAUGUGAUUAAAUUUGUGGCCUGCUCUUUUUUCCACCUGCUACCUGGCAGGUUAGCUGGUUUUUCAGGGGAUGGAUUUGAAGGACACUAGUAACUUUUUGGUGGAAGUAGUCACCAUGGGCAGACGUUGGUUUUAAUCGUCCAGAGCAAGAGAACGCUCAUCAAAGUAUCAUGUCGAGGUAAAACUUCUGUCGGGGGGGGGGCGUAUCUGGGGUUGCUCAUUUUUUACAGGUGUUCACUUCAGGAGUUUUAAGGAGGACAUUUCAUGCCACUGCAGGGCAUCAGUAAUGGCAAAUGACAGCUGAGGAAAUAUCACACGAAUUUUAGCUCUUAAUUUAAUCGUCUUUUUUUUUUUUACAAACACUAACAGCAAGAAAGAACCUAGUCUGAUGUAACAUUGUUUUUAGAAACCACAAUUUGUACAUCUCUUAAUUUUCCAUCUAACGCUCAUGUAAAUCAUGGAAAAUAAAAUCAUGAAAAGAAAUGCUUUUUAUAGGGAUAGUCAUCGCAGCUGUGCCCUCCUUAUCACUGGAUAUACAUGUAAAUUAUCAACUUUGUUAAAUUAUUUAAGUGAAAGGCUGUUAUUUUUUGAAAGAGCAGUUUACAACUUUAAAAGUGUUUGAAUCUUACAACAUUAAUUUGGGGGGGGGAAUACGUUGAAAAAACUUAAGUUUGGCAUUCAGAAGAUAAAUAGCAGGACAGAUGGGUGGUAAACUGUACAAUGGUUUUUAAAAGAUUUCUGGAAUUUUUCUUCAGUAUUUACAUUUUGGUGUCUUCACAUCUACGUGUCCAAGUUUUUGUACCGUUAGCUUUUGAUUGUGAAGUUAUUUUUCCUCAUUAGGACUUUUUAGUACUUGGUCCACCGUAAGAACUCAUUGCAUGAUAUCUAAGUUGUUGAGUUUGAGGUGUGACCUCUGACCCAGGAUGUCAAAGGUACUGAACGCUUCUGUUUUGAUCUCCUAUUUACCCAUGCUGUUUUUUUUUACACCUUUAUCUCGAAAUAAAUACACUUCAACACUGUCUGAUAAGUAAGCAAACAUA